AUGGACAGUGAUGCAGUGCCACCAUCGUCACCACCCCACGCGACCGCUCCAGGUUCGCCAUUCUUCGAGCCACGAAACACCAUCUUGUCUCCGAAAUCGAGCUCCCCGCCCCCUCUCUUCUCCAGUGACGACUCUCGCGAGUCUGCCGAUCUUGUCAAUUAUCAAUCACCGCGUAUCUUCAAGAACAAGCGAAAAGGUGCCUGGUGGGACAACGCGGAGUCGUCCGCCCACAGCACACCAGAAGCCAAGAAGACGAAGAUGACGCGCAACUUUGACUCAGGAGUGUACAUGAUGAGCGAUGCCACCGACAGCUCAGACUCCCUCCUUCCACCACACAAACCGCCUUUCGGUCUCGAUGGUACCGUGGAAGUCGACCCACCCGAAUUGCUGUCGAUUGCAGACGAUCGAGAGUCUAUGUUCUGUGAGAAGCUAUACAGAGGCUUGGACAGCAACGCUCAAUACUACGAUUUCAGCGAUUGUGAUUUCGAAGAUCGCCACAUUCAGCGCAUUGGCGAAUUGUCUUCUGUGAUCAAAAGCGUACCAGACCCAGGCAAUGAUCUCCCAGCAGAAGGCCAAUAUCGCUCCAUGGUGCCCGAGUUGUAUGUUGACCUCAACCACAACAAACUCCAACACCUCACACCGUCCUUGUUCCGAGUACAGAAUCUGACUACACUUGCCCUCAUUGACAACAACAUUGAAGAGCUCCCAGUGCAGAUAUCCCAGCUUCGCCGUCUCCGCGAGCUGAACAUUUCGCGAAAUCACAUCCAGUCGCUACCUUUCGAGAUGCUGUACAUGUGGAAGGGAGGAAACGACGGCGGGCUCGAGACACUGGGUGACAGCGGCGUGCAAUGGUUGCACCCAAAAGACGAUCGACUUGAGAUUCCUCUUCCACAACCCUUACGCAAUUUCUGGUCAACGUUGAGGACCACUCGAUCAGGUCUUGAGCAUACUGACUGCGUGGAGCAGCUUCACAGAACUGUUGCUUCGAUGCCUGACCGGGAUCAGCACGUGUGGGGCGUGCUGUAUCUGGAGAUGAUAAUUUUCUCUGACAACCCGACCCAAAGUGGGCACACACACUACUCUUUCUUCGAUGACGAAAUGUAUUUCAUGCGGCCCAGGUGCUUGGCACAUUCGCUAGUUAGCUACUUCGAUGAAGCUGGUAGCCUCAUUGAUGGUUCUCCCAAGCCACCAUCGUCAGAAGACGACUUCGCCACUAUAACAAACACGGCACGAGGCGCGCAUGGUGUACCCAAGUCAUGGUUCACACCUCCCCACACCAAGAAAACCAAAUCUCUUCUUACACUGGCCAUUCACAGCGCACUUCGCCACAAGGAUCAAGAGGACCUCACCAUCUCGGAUAUUCGACAUCACAUUGGCGACCCGGUGCCUCCAGUAGCGGAUGCUAUACUAAAGCAAGCGGAACAAAAUAGCGCUGGCGGUUAUGGGGAGUUCAAGACAUGCUUCGUGUGUAAGAGCGAUUUUGUUGUGGCGAGAGCAGAAUGGAUUCAAUGGUACUGCCUGAGCUUCGGCACAGGGCGCACCUUGCCCUUCAAGGCGCAAGUGUGCUCUUGGGGCUGCGUACCAGAUGCGAUAUCGCAGCGGCCGGAGCGUCUGCUGUCUUGGGAUUAG